AUCAAAUAAUAGUCCGUCCAAAUUUCGAUUAUCAUUGAAAAAACGGCGACGAAAAAAGUAUAAAAAACAAUCGAAUAAAACGAUAAAUAUUUCACCAUCACGAUCAUCAUCAUUAUCAUCAAGUUGUUCGGAUUUAAGUGACGAUAAUUAUAAUCCACGACAUCAACAACAACAACAAACGGAUUAUACUUGUGGUCUAUUUCAAUCAAUUCGUUUUGAUUUCUGCCGAAAUCAAUGUAGUGAUUCAACAGAAUCAUCAACUACAACAUCAUCGGAUAAACAACAUCAUCAUCAUCAUCAUAAUCGUGAAGAAAAUAUAUCCGAUAAAAUUGAAAGUGCUCAUCUAAAAUCUAUAUCGGCAUCAUUAACCGGUCUUCAUUCAAUAAAAUCCGAAUUAUCUGUUACACAACCUUUAUGUAUUACCUGUAGUAUGGAACAUUUAUCACCUACAAAUCAAACAAUUUCAAAUGUUAAUACAUUAAAAGUUACUAAAAAUAUGUCUAAAAAUAAUCGUCGUAGUCAUGAUCAUAUGGAUGAUGCAGAUACAUCAUCAAAAAUUGAUGCAAAUAUAUUAACAUCACAAAUAACAACUAUUCAAUGUAAACUUUGUAAUAAGGAAAAAUCCGAUUAUUCAACAAAAAUAACAACAAUAGAUAAUACUGAACAGGCACAACAACAACAACAACAAAUGAUGAAAAAAAGAAUCAAAAGAUCUAGCCAAAUUGAUGAUAGUAAUCAACAACAAAAUAUUGAUGACAAUCAACAUCACCAGGAUGAUAAUGAUGAACAACAACAACAAAAUCAUUAUUGUUGUCGUCAUCAAAAACGAAUUCCAUCGAAUCGUGCGAAUAUUUUUCAAAAUCAUCAACCAUAUUGUUGUCUAUAUGGUUCAGCAUCAUCGUUUGAUCGAGCUACAUCAGUAACGAUUGCACGAUUAGAACCAUUUCGUGAUCAACCAUCAUCUAAUUUAUUGGAACAACAAUGUUCAGAUUCAGAUCAAGUAUUGUCCGCUAAACAGAAUUUAAUCGACAGCAGCAGCAAGCAAGAUAUUCCGGAUUUUAUCAAUAAUGAAUCAUCAUCAUUAGCAAAUCAAAUGAUCAAUAAUAAAAUGAAUAAUAAUAAUAAUAAUAAACAAUUGACAAUCGCAACCAAAAUGUUUGAUCAAUCAUUCAUACAAUUUGGACGUAUGAAUAUUGAAAUGAAAAAUCCAAAGUUAUUAUUAGUUUUUAAUGAUAAAUAUAAUAAUCAUGCUAAAUGGUUAUUUGAAGCUGGAAAUUUGGCAGGUUUUUCUUGUAUCGAUCUAGUUGAUACAAAAGAAUCGGCUAUGAAUUUAUAUCAAGAAAAACAACAUGAACUAAUUAUAAUUGACAGCCGAUCUCAUGAGAAUUCUAAUUCUCAUCAACAAAUUGAACAUCAUCAUCAUGAUCAUCAUUAUCAACAACAACCACAUCAACGACAUGUUCGUUUUGAUAGUCAAAAUUCGGCUAGAACAAAAUUUCUUUUACAAGAUUCAUCAUCAUCAUCAUCAUCAUCAUUUUCGGGUAAUACAAAACAGCCAAUUUUCGAUCCAUUAAAUUUAUGCAGAUCGAUUCGUGAUAUAAAAGGCAAUGAAUUUACAAUAGUCAUAGCAUUAAUGAAUAAAAAUUUUUAUUAUAAUGAUCAACAACAACAAUUGAUUGACAUUUAUAAAUCCGGUUUCAAUCGGUGUAUACCGGAAACCUUUUCACAAGAUUGCGGUUAUUAUCAUUAUGAAUUGAUUCAAUUACGUCAAUUUGAAUUACAAUUACAAAUGAAAUUACGUGCCGCACAAACAAUGAUGAUGGCAAUCGAUUCCUGUAAAGAAGGUGUUGUUAUUACUGGUCCAUCACAUGAUAUACGAUAUGUUAAUCAUUCGAUUGAAAAAAUGUUUGGUUUUCGUGCCGAUGAUAUGAUCGGACAGAAAACACAAGAUUUUUUCCAAAACGAUUUAAUCAAAAUGGAAGUUGAUGAAAAAAUUAACAAUUAUAAUGAUGGAAAGGAAUGGGAAGGACAAAUAUAUCAUCGAAGAAAAUCCGGUGAAAGUAUACCAAUAUGGAAUCGUAUAAUGCCAAUUAAUUAUCGAAAAGGUGUUCCUGAAUAUAUAAUCUAUAUAAAAGAAUUUCCAUUCCUUUUUGUUGAUAAACUAAUGAGUCCAGAAAGAGAAUUCCAUACAAGUCAUGGAUCAUUAGCAACAUCAUCAUCACCAAAUUCAACGAUUACUACGGCUGCUGCAGCAAGAAGUGCAUAUCGUAAAAUGUCAACCAUUGAUGUUCGUUCAGAAGCUCGGCGACCAAGUUUAGCCAAAUUCAAUUCAGUUUCAAUGAUUGAAGCUCCUAUAACCAAGGUUAUAAAUAUCUUAAUGGCUAUAAAAGAAAGUGGUCCAGUAUUUUUAGCGCCAACAUUAGAAAAAGCAAUUGAUAUAUUGAAAAAUUCUGAAGUAUUCAAUAAAUUUCAAAAUCAAAUGAAACCAGAAGAUCAGGUUACAUCGGAAUUAAUAAGUAGUUUAAUGAAUACAGCGAAUAAACCAAGCAAUAGUGGUACAAGACGAAUGUCACAUGAUGUACCAUCAUCAAUAUCAUCAUCACAUAAUAAAAAUAAUGCUUCCUAUCAUUUAACACAAACAAUGUCAACACCAGCAUAUUCUUCAAGCCAAAGUCAUCUUCAUUAUCAUCAUCAUCAUCAUCAUCAUCAAUCAAGUUUAUCGAUGAUAGUACCGGCUAAUAUACAGAAAUUAUUAGAAGAUGAUCUUAAAUGGAAUUUCAAUGUCAUUGAAUUGGAAAGAAUUUCUGAAAAUAGACCAUUAUUAUGGCUUGGUAAUUCUAUAUUCGAUCGUUUUAAUGUAUUACAGACAUUAAAUUGUAGCCGUACAGUUGCACAAAAUUGGCUUUCAUUAAUAGAAUCGAAAUAUCGUAAAAAUUCAUACCAUAAUUCAACACAUGCAGCCGAUGUAAUGCAAGCCACAGCAUAUUUUCUAAUGUCUGAACGACUGAAAACAUUGUUUGACCCGUUAGAUCAGGCUAUUUGUUUGAUUGCGGCAAUCAUUCAUGAUGUCGAUCAUCCCGGUAGGAAUAGUGCUUUUCUAUCCAAUUCAAAUCAUGAAUUAGCUGUAUUAUAUAAUGACAUUUCGGUCCUUGAAAGUCAUCAUGCGGCAUAUGCUUUUAGACUUACAGUUCUUGGUCCAGAUUCGGAUCGUGUGAAUAUAUUUAAAAAUCUUGAUCGUGAAACAUAUCGUGAAUGUCGUCAAUCAAUCAUCGAUAUGGUUUUGGCUACCGAAAUGACCAAACAUUUUGAACAUUUAACUAAAUUUGUUCGAACAUUUCAAUCGUUCAAUAUUGUUGAUGAUGAACAAUUGACAAUUAAUCUGGACAAAUAUAAAAAUAUUGAUGUUGAUGAUGAUGAUGAUAAUAUUUCUACAACAACAACUGUAUCAGAUUUGGCUACACCAGAAAAUAUUGUGUUAAUUAAACGUAUGUUAAUUAAAUGUGCCGAUGUUUCCAAUCCAGGUCGUCCGACUAAAUUAUGUGAAAUUUGGGCCAAUCGAAUUGCAUCCGAAUAUUGUGAUCAGACCGAAGAAGAAAAACGUAAUCACCUACCAGUUGUAAUGCCAACAUUUGAUCGAAAAAAUUGUUCAAUACCAAAAUCACAAAUUGGUUUUAUCGAUUAUUUUGCCAACGAUAUGUUUGAAGCUUGGCAUUCAUUUGGAAAUUUUACCGAAAUGAUUGAAAAUAUGAAUAUUAAUUAUCAAUAUUGGAAAGAUAAACUACCAAUAGCCGAACCAAGAUCAAGAAAAGUAUCCGAAUCAGCUGAUGAUAUAAAAGAAGUUGAUGAAGAAAACAAUAAUGAUAUGACAAGCUGAUUUCUUUUCUUUUAUCGUCUGAUAUCAAUAACCGAAACACAAAUAUUGUAAAAAGCUCAAAGUGAUUAACACAUCGCCUGUACAUACCAUACUUUGUCAUUAUUAAUGUUGUUGUUUUUAAAACAAAUUGUCUGUUUUAUCAUUUUUAUUAAUUAACCUGAUUUGUUGAUUUAACAUUAACAUCAUUCACACGGAUACAUUAUCUGCUCAUUUUU